CUGAGUUGAGAGUAACUGAUAGAAACUCUCCAGUCAUCAUCAACAGCUACGCGUGUUGACACUAGAUUCUAUCAAAAUUUAACGCUAAAAUGCCUGACCAUUUAGGUACAGAUAUGCGAAAGACAACUGACGAAAAGGGAGAUGAUGAACCUAUUAAAGUUCUUGAUGAAGCGGAUAUAUCCUUGCUGAAGUCAUAUGGUCAAGGACCAUACACCAAAGUGAUCAAGAAUGUUGAGGACGAUAUCCAGAAAGCUGUCAAAAAAGUAAAUGAUUUAACUGGCAUCAAGGAAUCUGACACUGGUUUAGCUGUGCCUGCCCUGUGGGAUCUGGCAGCAGAUAAACAAACUCUUCAAAAUGAGCAGCCACUCCAGGUAACUUAUCCGGUUCAGUGGAACCUUGUGACUGGGGAUGAUAUGCCAAUGACAAAGUUUGUUUAA